AUGUACAUAUUUUGGAAAAUAGCAAUGUUUAAAAUUAGGAUACGUGCAAUAGUUGGAUUGAUGAUAUUUCUUGGAUAUUUUUUAAUUUACGUUGUCCGUAACAACCUGAGCGUUCAUAUAGUUGUAAUGGCACAAGUAAUGACGAGAGAUGACAACAUAAUUGAAAACGAAAAUGGAACUCUUCAGCGUAGUUCUAAGAGAGCAGGGAUGUUGGACAGAAUAAACUGGGAUGAUAUUAGAGUCGGGAGAUUAUUCUCAGCCUAUCAUAUAGGAUACUGUGUUUGCUUUCCAAUAUUCCACAGCAUUGGAGAUAGGCUAGGUCCAACGUGGGUAGCAGGCAUCGCUGGAAUGAUAUCAGGGGUGCUUAGCUGCCUUACACCCGCUUGCACUAAUUAUCACUAUUGGGCGCUGUUUUCAGCACGGAUUAUAAAAGGAUUUUGUGCUGGAGCAAUGCAGCCGAGCAUGGUUCAGGUGUUAAGGUACUGGGUACCUCCUACAGAGAGAAACCACUUUAUGUGGGCGUAUUGUGGUAUAACCACGGGGAGUUUCUGCACAUUUCUCAUGUGUGCGGCAGUACAUUACUACUCGCAUUGGCGCGUAGGCUUUUACAUAUCUGGAAGCACACAAAUGAUAUGGGCUAUUAUUUGGGUCUUCAUUGUCACCGAUAGCCCAAGGAAACACCCCUAUAUAUCUGACGAGGAACAGACAUAUUUAAUUAAUACAAUUGGGAACAUUUUUGCAAUAAAAUCGACAAAUGCUCAGGCUCCAUGGCGGCUAAUACUAAGGUCUGUGCCGUUUUGGGCACUCUGCAUCCUCAACUUUGGAUACUCUUGGAUGAUUAUUUCCCUUUGUCUCUACGGUCCACUUUUCUAUUCUAGAGUCAUCAAAUACUCCAUUUAUACGGCAUCGGCGCUUACAGCAUUACCAUUUUUCUUACGUUUAGUGCUGGGAACAAUCCUUAUACAAACUGUUCACAAUUACAAAUAUAAGCCGCAAGUAUGUCGGAUAAAACAUCUCAGGAAAUAUUUCAUCAUAGUGUCUCACGUCAUCCCUGGAAUGUUGGUUUGUGUUUCAUGGUUGCUGCCGAUCAUUCCUGGUCCCUUUCUGCUAACUUUAGCAGUUGCGUUAACCGCUGCUGGAAUGGAUCUUACGUUGGACCUGUGUUAUGAGCUGACGCCUACAUACGUGAAUUCUAUCAAUACCAUCAUUAAAAUAAUUGGGAAUACGUCAGGCAUAAUAAUAUCUCUUUGUGUUGGACAAGUAACAUACAAGUAUAAGAAUUUGCCAAUGGUGUGGAAGCAUAUCUGGUGCUUUCAUGCAUCUGUAUUAUUUAUGAGCGGAAUCAUAUUUUUGAUUUGGGGUGAGACUGAAAUACAGCCAUGGAACCAGACAAAUAAAGAUAGAAGCCGGCAACGCGCGCGCAAGAUUAUAAUUCCUUUGCCAUCUGUAAUGUCAAAUAUUACUGAAGUAGAAGAAACCAGUGUGAGGUCAUCAUUAGCGAGAGUUUCUCAAAUUUAA